AUUUCUACUUUAUCAUUAUGCCAAUAAUUGAUGGUGGAAUGUUCAUCUUAUUAUUUCCCCUCUAAAGAGCAAGGAACAUACAGAAAGGAGAAUGGAAGAAGCCAUGGACCCAGGACCCAGCACCCUGAAUUCCUGGAACCAAGGGAUCGAAGGGCAAUCCAACAGGCCCACUGAAGAACACCAUGACUCUAACACCAACGAGGUUGCAGAAUCCAUCUCAACAAAUGCUGCACAGGAAAGACCCAAGAGCCGAUCUUCAUCCUCUGCCAAAAAUAGCAUCGUGGGCUGCAGAAUUUCCCACCAGUGGAAAGAAGAGUGGCGCGUCACCUACUGGAAGGGAGUCAUUGUAGAUCAGAUGGCUAUCAACCCCUCCCUAUAUCUGGUCAAAUAUGAUAAUGUCGAUUGCGUGUAUGGAUUGGAACUUUAUAAAGAUGAGAGGAUAUUGUCCCUGGAAGUUCACCCAGAAAAUGUAGACACAUCCGAAGUUUCUGAUCCCAUCCUUGCUGAUACCAUCAUUGGCAAAUCAGUGGAUCACAGGUUUGAGGGAGAACAUGGGAUUUCCAAGUUAUGGAGAGGGCUGGUUCUAGAUCAGGUGUCGGUCAUGAAAUCCUGGUUUUAUAUUACCUAUGAAAAAGAACCAAUAUUAUACAUGUACCAACUUGGUGAUGAUUUUAAAGAAGGCAACCUCAGCAUUGUGCCACAUGUAGAAGAACCUGCACGUAACUUCGAUCUUGAAAUUAGAGGCAAAUAUGUGGUGUACAGCCAAAAAGAUGGAACCAACAAAAUUGGUAUGAUAAUCCACAAAGUUGAUUCAAGACCCUCCGUAUAUUUUAUAAAAUUUGAAAAUGAUUUCCACAUCUAUGUUUAUGAGUUGGUGAAAAAAUCGCAUUGAUUGGCAAAGUUAUGACUCCAUUGUGAAAUAAAUUUGUACUUUCUAGA